ACGCAUGCUUCACAGGUAUGAAUGUCACAGAAGAAAUUGAUGAGGAUGUGCUCACUGACUAUGUUAUUCAACUGAGCAUUCAAGAGUCUUAUCAAGAUCGAUUUGUAUCUAUUGAAAGCGAUGAAAAUCUGAAGAUCUUGGCUGCCGUUGAACAAGGUGACAUAUUCACCCUGCAGGAGCUGUCAGAGCUCACAUCGGCCUUCAGCGAGGUGGACAGUAAGGGAUGGCUGCCUCUUCACAGAGCUGCGGUCCAGCCCCUGGUGCAGGUGCUGGAGAUUGUGAUGUACGCAUCGCAUGAGCUGACCCUGGAGGAGAAGACGAUGGAGGGGGAGACGGCGCUGACUCUGGCAGCUCAGGCGGGUCUGGUGGAAAAUGUGAAGGCGCUCCUGGACAAGGGGGCGUCUCCCCACAACACCAACGACAAGAACGAGUCUCCUCUACUGCUCGCAGUGAGAAUGGGGUUAUAUGCAAUGGCAUCCAUUCUCAUUAUAAGCGGGGCUCUUGUGGGGCAAAUAUGUCUGAAGAAGUGGACCGCCAUGCAUGAGGCUGCCAAAGUGGGCUGCAGUGACAUCAUGAUGCUGUUGCUAAGGAAUGGGGCACGUGUCACAGAGAGGGAUCGUCAUGGUGCGACUCCAUUGGGCAUUGCAGCAGAAUAUGCCCAUGCAGAUGUGCUGGAGAUUCUUAUUCAUAAUGAGGGCGAUGUAAAUGCACAGGCAUACAAUGGGGAGAGCGUACUGAUGGAUGCAGCUGGUUCAGGGAAUCCUGACUGUAUUAAUCUACUCUUGCAACAUGGAGCUAGUCCCAACCUGGCAAGCCUGACUGGACACCUCCCCAUCCACCGCGCAGCAUAUGAGGGACACUAUCUGGCUUUGAAAAUCCUUAUACCAGUUACUUCCAAAAAGGCCAUCCGGCUCUCUGGUGAAAGUCCUGUUCAUUCUGCAGCAGAGGGUGGUCACUCCCAGUGCUUGGAGCUUCUCAUAGAGAAUGGCUUUGAUGUCAAUGUUGUAUUGGAGAAACAUAUCUCAGAGAACUAUGGCGACAUGCGGAAGAGCCCUUUGUAUUUUGCUGUUUCUAAUGGAGACGUCACCUGCACCGAGAUGCUGCUGAACGCGGGAGCGAAGCCUGAGUUGGACCCGCUGCGCUGCCUCCUAGUGGCCGUUCGGGCAGCGCAUUAUGAGGUUGUGAAGCUGCUGCUGGCCAAACAGGCGGAUGUGAACUGCUACUUCACGGUGGUCAGUGACACGGUGUUCCCCACCGCGCUGCAGUACUGUCUGAGGGACGAGAUGAUGAUGAGACUUCUGCUCAACAAUGGCUAUGAUGCGGAGAGGUGCUUCUGCUGUCGCCAUGACAACCGAUUCAGUACCCUGUGCCCCUGGAAUGAUCUCAAUAACCAGCUCUGUGAGGUGUCCAGCCAAGGAGAGAAAAUGCCUUUCUGUGACUUCAUCAGCUUGUCCUGCCUGGUGCACUUGUCAGGGAGUGUGGUGCGGAUUCUGCUGGACUACGUCAGUCACGUUCCUAUCUGCUCCAAACUAAAACUCAUUCUGGAGAAGCAGAGAGAGUGGCCAGAGAUCUGCGACAUACUGGGUAACCCACGGACACUGAAGCACCUGUGCAGACUGGUGAUCCGGAGACAGAUGACCCCAAAGAGACUGUGUGACCCUGACAUCAUGGACUCCGCCCCUUUCCCUCCCAUGGUCAAGAGCUACCUGGUGUACAAAGAGUAUGAUCUUUAUGGCAGAAGUAUUGGCCUUUAA